UAGAUGUACUUCUCGCCCUCUCUCCCUCUCUCUGUCUGGUCGUCUGGUGAAAGCUUUGUGUGCAGUCACCCUACCUGUACCGGUGUUUCGUGCUGCUUUUACCAGGAACUCCGAAGGUGGUGUUGUCUUCCAGGCUCCCGGCCUUUAUCAACACAAAACAUGCUGAGGAUCCUGCGACUGGGUGUGGCGACGGCCGAAGGCUGUAGCCGCGCGUCGUCAAGCAGUUGGGCCGCAACCAAAGCGAUCCUUGAAGAGCAGCUGGCAGGGAUCCGUGAGGCCGGCACCUACAAGACGGAGCGUGUGCUCACCAGUUCACAGGGCUCUUCCGUGUGGGUGGACGGUUGGGACAAGUCCGUCCUCAACUUCUGCGCCAACAACUACCUGGGCCUUUCGAGCCAUCCCGAGGUCAUUGAAGCCGGGAAACAGGCUUUGGACAAGUAUGGUGCUGGCCUCAGCUCCGUGCGCUUCAUCUGUGGAACACAGGACAUUCACAAACAGCUGGAACAAAAGAUUGCAAAGUUCCACGGACGGGAAGAUGCCAUCUUGUACGCCAGCUGCUUCGACGCCAACGCCGGAAUCUUCGAGGUCCUGCUGACCCCAGAGGACGCAGUUCUCUCGGACGAGCUGAACCACGCUUCCAUCAUCGACGGCAUCCGGCUCUGCAAGGCGCAGAAGUACCGCUACAAGCACAGGGACAUGAACGAUUUGGAAAGCAAGCUCAAGGAAGCGCAGACGACGUCGAGGCAGCGGCUCAUCGUCACGGACGGCGUUUUCAGCAUGGACGGAAAUGUGGCGCCCCUUCGGGACAUCUGCGACCUGGCAGAGCGCUACAAUGCCAUGGUUUUUGUCGACGAGUGCCACGCCACGGGGUUCUUUGGAAAGACGGGCAGGGGCACUGAGGAGUACUUUGGCUUAUCGGGGCGCAUCGAUAUCAUCAACUCCACACUUGGCAAGGCUUUGGGAGGUGCUGCUGGAGGCUACACGACGUGCAAGCGGGAGCUGGUGGACCUCCUGCGCCAGCGGUCUCGCCCCUACCUCUUCUCCAACUCGCUUCCGCCGCCUGUGGUGCAGUGCGCCGCCAAGGUGCUGGAUCUGCUGCUGUCUGGACCCGAGCUCGCACAGAGGGUGGCGGUCAACACCACGCACUUCCGGUCGCGCAUGAAGGCAGCCGGCUUCAACAUUGCGGGUGACGACCACCCCAUCUGUCCUGUGAUGCUGGGAGACGCCCGGUUGGCCGCAGACUUUGCAGACGGCAUGCUGGAACAAGGGAUUUACGUCGUCGGGUUCAGCUAUCCCGUCGUGCCUAAAGGCAAGGCCAGAAUUAGGGUGCAGAUCUCGGCAGCACACACCAAGGAAGACAUUGACCGCACCGUUGAUGCCUUCAUCACCGUCGGCAAGAAAUUCGGGGUGGUGUCUGCGUAGAAGACGUCAGCUUGCGUCGUUCGUUUUCCGAACGCAUGACACGGCAAGGACAUUCCACACACUGGUGAAGGCGGCAGCAAAGCCGUCUCGUGACAAGCCGGGACCAGGCAGACUCGCAUUAGACCUUGGGUAAUUGGUGCGGCAGUACGUCGGGCGUCGCUCCGAGAGUGUUCUUUUCCGAUCGCCCAACACGGAAAUAAAAGGUGGCAGAGGA